AUGAAGCUUCUUCCGGCCGCCCUCGGCCUCGUCCUCCUCCUCCUGCUCGUUCUGAAUCCCAAUGGCGUGGAGGCCCGGCCAGCCCCGGCCGGUGGCCAUCAGAAGAAGGCGUCGAGCGCUACCUUCUUCAUCUUCGGGGAUGACUUCGCCGACAACGGGAACCUUCCUCUGACCGACCCAGUCACCAGGAUGUCGAGGCAAUGGGCCUACCCCUACGGCUCCAACUACAUUGAUGCCGAUGGGUUUCCGCGGCCGAAUACUCCGUCCGGCCGCUUCUCAAACUAUAAAAUCCAGUCGGAUUUCAUCGCAACAAUGCUGGGAUUGGAGGAAGCCCCUCCGGCGCAUGCCCGCACGGCAGAGAAAACCUGCGACCCAUCCGGCAUGACCUUUGCUACCGGUGGUGCAGGCGUGUUGGACAGUACAUCACACGAGGUCCCCGCCCUCGCCAAGCAGGUCGACACUUUUAGGAAGAUGGUCAAGGACGGGACCAUCACGGAGAAUCAAUUGAGUCGCUCCGUAGCGCUCGUGGCCUUCUUUGGCAAUGACUAUGCAGGCACUGGCGUCAUUGGCAUAAGUAGCCCCAGCGAUAUUAAUGCUUAUAUUGGAAAGGUGACAAAAGAGAUUGCAGCUAAUGUGGAUCAAUUGUUGAAGCUUGGGGUGACAAAGGUUCUUGUCAAUAACUUGCACCCUAUCGGUUGCACGCCAUCACACACCCGAACCAACAACUACACCACGUGUGAUAUUUUUGAAAACUUGGGUGCAUCAAUCCACAACGAUAAUCUGAAACAAGUUAUGGCAUCAAAGAAGAAUGUCUACAUCGUCGACGUGUACACGGCCUUUGCCAAUAUUGUGGAUCAUGCGGCAGGCAAAGGCUCAGAGAUGUCCAAACAAUUCAAGCGCAAACUAUUGCCGUGCUGCGAGAGUUUGAAUUCGAAUGGUUACUGCGGACAGCAGGGCGAGUCAUCCGCGGAGCUUCUGUACACAGUGUGCGACAAGUCGAGCAAAUUCUUCUAUUGGGACGACAUGCACCCAACACACGCAGGAUGGGAAGCUGUCAUGAAACAGUUGGAAAAACCCUUGAGGGAGUUUGUAAACCGAGCGUAGGCAGCUAGGCUUUAUGUAUUUGUGUAGAUCUUUGUAUCUAUGCUGACAACCUUCUGAUUGUAUUUGAUAGUUUCAUGUAUUUCAAAGACUGGGAUUUUCCCGAUUC